UAUGCCAUGGUUGGGGCGCUGAGACAGCCAGGAGCAGGCGGCUUUUUAUCAUUCGCCGACACGGCCGUGCAAAGCCCGAACUCUCAAACGCGGACCCAAGUCGACAAAAUGCGUGCUGCGCGCUCACACAAUGCGUCGACGGCGAUCUGACGAACUUCCGCGGUACACGAGGGACAGCGAUUCGCAUUCCUUCCGCUUCCGCCGCCGGUACGCCUUUUACCUUUGUGGCUUGCUCUUCGUCUGCUGGUGCCUGUUCCCUUCGCGCAGUCGAGCAUCCGCGAAGGGCGUGACCAAUUGGUCCAACUACGCGUACAGUCUCUAUGCGACCGACAGCGCAACGCUCUGCCAUGCUCUGCUUCUCUUCGAAGCGCUCGCCCGGCUCGGGAGCAAGGCCGACCGCGUGCUGUUCUACCCCGAGUCCUGGGACACGGAGGUGACGAGCUCCAAAGACCGCGACAGCCAGCUGCUUGUCCUAGCGCGCGACAGAUACAAAGUCAAGUUGCACCCCGUCAAGCUUCUCACUGUCGCGGGUCGCACCAAAGAUGAAUGGACAGGGACCUGGGAUAAGUCGGUCACCAAGUUCAUGGCAUUCUCGCUCGCGUACUACGACCGCGUCAUUGCAGUCGACUCGGACAUCACGCUUCUGAAGCCCCUCGACGAGCUCUUCCUCCUUCCCCCGACGCCCAUAGCCAUGCCCCGCGCAUACUGGGCCGACAGUCGGCCGUGGCCGCUUACGUCGAUGCUCAUGGUCAUUAAGCCUGACCUAGACGAGUUCGAGAGAUUCAAGAAGGCAAUGGGAAGUGGCGGCGAUAAGGAGCUUGUCAGCGUGCACAGAUUCGAUAUGGAGCUCGUCAACGAGCGUUUUGAGGACAGUGCUAUGGUGCUUCCCCACCGGCCAUACGCCCUGUUGACAGGCGAGUUCAGGAGCCACGACCACAGUGCAUACCUUGGAAGUAGCUUUGAGCCGUGGGACGCUGAGAAGGUCUAUAACGAGGCAAAGUUGGUCCAUUUCAGCGAUUGGCCUUUACCAAAGCCGUGGAUCAUGUGGCCUACUGAGGGUGUCGAGGAGAUGCAGCCUGACUGCGGUGGAAGCCACACGGGAAGUUGUGCAGAGAGAAGAAUCUGGAAGCAUCUCUACGAUGACUUCAGAAUGAGGCGGCGAGACAUCUGUAAGCUGCUGAGUGUGCCUGCGCCAGACUGGUCGGAGAUCAAGCACGGGAAACGCGCGGGAAAUGCAACUGAUGGCACUACACAUGCUGCGCCUCCAGCUGAUGGGCCGAUGAUCAGCGGUACAAGUGGGAAGUCUUGAUACGAGCGACGUAAAUUACUUAGGUACAUGCAAGCUGUUCCUGUGAGAUUGUGUUCCU